CCUCUAAUAAGAAGUAGGCCUCAUUAAGCUAAAAGCUUUCUCGAAAAAGCUCUAUUCAAACUCAGGCCACAAUCAAUUAAACCAAACCUAGCUUUUUUACGCUGCCUGGUUUCGACCCUCUCUCACCUCCAUUAAAGCGUACUCUGAAUUCUCCAUUGAAGCAGCUUCCCAGCUUUCUCUCCUUCACUGAAGCAUCUUCUGAGGGCAGGUGCAGACAGUUCUUCGGUGUCACUCAGUGAAGCAAAAAGCAAGAUGCUGGCCACUACAAAUAACAAUGAAAGUGCCUUAUCUGUGGCUGGCCCUAGGCCAAUGGAGUGGUCCACUGUGCCGUACAGUGCUCCUCAGGCCCCUGGGCCGAAUGGGAGACAACGCACAUCAAGUUUGGAAUCACCAAUCAUGUUGUUGACUGGUCACCAAAGUGCAGUAUAUACCAUGAAGUUCAAUCCGGAAGGAACAGUCAUUGCAUCAGGUUCACACGAUAGAGAAAUUUUCUUGUGGAAUGUGCAUGGUGACUGCAAAAAUUUUAUGGUUUUAAAGGGUCACAAGAAUGCUGUCCUUGAUCUUCAUUGGACCACUGAUGGAACCCAGCUAGUUUCAGCUAGUCCUGAUAAGACAGUAAGAGCAUGGGAUGCCGAAACUGGGAAACAGAUCAAAAAGAUGGCUGAGCAUUCCUCAUUUGUUAACUCAUGCUGUCCUGCUCGGAGGGGACCACCUCUUGUUGUCAGUGGGUCAGAUGAUGGAACUGCAAAGCUUUGGGAUAUGCGUCACAGAGGUGCUAUUCAGACAUUCCCAGACAAAUACCAAAUAACUGCUGUUUGUUUCUCUGAUGCAUCUGAUAAAAUCUACACUGGUGGGAUUGACAAUGAUGUUAAAGUGUGGGAUGUUCGCAAAAAUGAAGUUACUAUGACCCUCCAAGGCCACCAGGAUAUGAUCACUGGGAUGUCUUUGAGUGCUGAUGGAUCUUAUCUUCUCACCAAUGGUAUGGACUGUAAGCUUUGCAUUUGGGAUAUGCGUCCCUAUGCUCCUCAAAACCGUUGUGUUAAAGUUCUGGAAGGGCAUCAACAUAAUUUUGAGAAGAAUUUGUUGAAAUGUGCUUGGUCUCCUGAUGGUAGCAAAGUCACUGCUGGAAGUGCAGACCGGAUGGUUUAUAUUUGGGAUACAACUACUAGGCGUAUCUUGUACAAGCUCCCUGGCCACACUGGCUCUGUGAAUGAGUCUGUUUUCCACCCUAGAGAGCCUAUUGUUGGAUCAUGCAGUAGUGACAAACAGAUCUACCUUGGGGAGCUGUAAUCUGGUGUUUCUUUCUUAUGGCAACACAUUCAACAUCAAUGUCGCAGAACGGUGUAACUGAUUUAAUCUUUUAGGUUCAUUCAUGUAUUCACAGGAGACAGGUCUAGUCUAGCCAGUUUUACAUAAGCAGGAAACUUGAUGCUUUUGUAGAGAAAUUCUGUGAUGUUUCUGAUUAAGUUGAAUUGGGAAUCCUGCUUUUUUCCUGUCCUACUCUUGGAUUGGAAUAUGUAUGCAAUGACUGUUGUGUAUUUUCCACAAGUUAGGAUAAGGUGUUAUCACA